AUGUCCGAACCAUCUUUCAAAGGCGUCGCGAUAAUUACAGGUGCAGCCGAAGGCAUUGGGCGAGGCAUCGCCCUCCGCCUCGUAUCGGACGGGUUCGACGUUGCGAUCAAUGAUAUUCCAGCAAAGAAGUCGGCACUCGAGCAAUUAAUCAGCGAAAUAACAAGUUCAACCCCACGGAGGGCCAUUGCCGUUCCGGGUGAUGUAUCCAACGACGGCGACGUCAAGGGAAUCGUUGAUAAAGCAGUGCAGGAGCUAGGGGGACUUGAUGUGAUGAUUGCAAAUGCUGGGAUCGCCGUUAACAAGCCAAUUGCCGAGACAACGACGGACGAAUGGGAUCGGCUAUUUGCCGUCAACGUUCGCGGAACGUUCCUAUGUUACAAGCAUGCUGCCGAUGCCAUGAUCAAACAGGGAAGGGGUGGUAGAAUCCUCGGCGCCUGCUCAAUCGCUGGGAAGAAAGGCGAGUUCGACGGAUAUCAAGCUACCAAGAAGGGCUUGAAACCCGGCGAGUGGACCGAAACGGUGCGUUUAUUCUUACGUAUAAUGAAGCAACUCACGAAGGUGACUGUAUGGUGGGGACAGUUGAAAAGCACGGUAGCCGUCGGUAAAAAUGGAACACCCACCGAAAUCGCUAGCUUGGUGUCGUAUCUCGUCUCGAAAGAUGCCCAUUUCAUCACAGGUCAAAGUAUCAUCGUCGACGGCGGAGGGAUAUUCGAUUAA